UAUGGCUCUGGCACGGCCGACGCGGCCGGUAUUGCUCGUGACUAGGUUGCUCCUGGAACUCCGACGGGACCUGGUGGUCCGCGGUCCCGACAAGCCCCUGCCGGUGGUACGUAUUCCGCGGAGUCUACAGCGGCGGCAGGAACAGCGGCAGAGCGCAGGGCGGAGCGCCCCACGGCCGGUGUUGGUGCGACCUGGACGGCUGCUGGUCUCGGCGCGGCGACCGGAGUUGAACCAGCCGGCACGCCUCACGCUAGGCCGUUGGGAAUGCGCGCCUCUCGCGUCUCGUGGCUGGAGGAGCCGGCGUGCGCGUCGGGACUACUUCUCUAUCGAACGCGUGCAACACGAGGCGCCAGCGCUACGGAACCUCUCCGAGGGCAGCUUCGCGGACCUGGGUCUAGAACCUCGUGUCUUGCGUGCACUGCAGGAGGCUUCGCCCGAAGUCGUUCGGCCCACAGCCGUGCAGUCGAGCACCAUCCCCCCACUACUAAGCGGCCGCCACGUCCUUUGCGCCGCGGAAACCGGCAGUGGUAAGACUCUCAGCUACCUACUACCGCUGCUUCAACGGCUGGUAGGCGGGCGAAGCCUGGACUUCCGCCGUAUCCCCGAUCCCCGGGGCCUGGUCCUUGUGCCUUCCCGAGAAUUAGCCGAACAGGUGCAGGCCGUGGCCCAGCCCUUGGGCAGCUCCUUGGGCCUGCAGGUGCGGGAGCUAGGGGGAGGCCAUGGUAUGCGUAGGAUCAGGCUGCAGCUGUCCAAACAACCUUCCGCAGAUGUGCUAGUGGCCACGCCGGGGGCUCUGUGGAAGGCCCUAAAAAGUCGACUGAUCAGCCUGGAGCACCUUUCCUUCUUGGUGUUGGAUGAGGCAGAUACAUUACUGGAUGAAAGCUUCCUUGAACUCGUGGACUACAUCUUCGAGAAGAGCAAUGUUGCAGAAGGCCCGGCUGACUUAGAAGACCCUUUCAAUCCCAAAGCUCAGUUAGUGCUGGUGGGAGCUACAUUUCCCGAAGGGGUAGGCCAGUUGCUGAAAAAAGUCUCCAGUCCAGACUCUCUCACCACCAUCACUAGCUCCAAGCUCCACUGCAUCAUGCCCCAUAUCAGACAGACAUUUAUGAGGCUGAAGGGAGCAGAGAAGGUAACUGAGUUGGUGCAGAUCCUCAAGCAGCAUGACAGAGCAGAUAGGAGUGGACCCUCAGGAACUGUCCUGGUGUUCUGUAAUAGCUCCAGUACUGUGAACUGGCUGGGAUAUAUUCUGGAUGACCACAAAAUCCAACAUCUAAGGCUGCAGGGGCAAAUGCCAGCCUCAAUGAGGGCAGGUAUCUUCCAGCGCUUCCAGAAGGGCUCCCGAGACAUACUUCUCUGCACAGACAUAGCCUCUCGGGGCUUGGACAGCACCCAUGUGGAGCUGGUUGUCAAUUAUGAUUUCCCCCUCACCCUGCAAGAUUAUAUCCACAGAGCUGGGAGAGUGGGCCGUGUGGGGAGCAAGGUGCCAGGAACCAUCAUCAGUUUUGUGACUCAUCCCUGGGAUGUGAGCCUGGUUCAGAAGAUUGAGCUGGCAGCUCGCCGAAGGAGAAGCCUUCCAGGACUAGAGUCCUCAGUGAGAGAGACAUUGCCUCAGCAAACCUGAUUUUGGCUGGCUUAAAUGUGAUGCCAAAACAGGGAUCUUUUCCAGUGUCCUGGGUUGGUGAGCACACUUGUCAGUGGGAGGCACUGGGCUGCCCUGUCACCUCCAUGAAGGCCGAUGAGCUGCUGGCCAGGAUUUCAGGGUAAGCUACUGAGCAUGGCUCUCAGUAUUUCACGUGACACCCAAAUAA